AUGAAGGCUUCUGACACGUGCACCAUCUUCUUCCUCCUCUACAGGACUGUGUGUGUUUCAGGAAAGGAUUUGAGUGAAACGAUGGAAAAAUGGAGCCGCUACAGGAAUGAAUGCCUGAUCCAGAUGAGCACAGAACCCACACCCAAAGGACUGUUCUGUAGUCGUAUGUUUGACAGGUACGCCUGCUGGUCCGACGGACGGCCCAACUCCACAGUCAGGGUGCCCUGCCCAUGGUACCUGCCGUGGUACAACCAAGUGCGUACUGGCUUUGUGACGCGGGAGUGUGGCCCUGAUGGUCAGUGGGCCACCAGCAACUCCAGCCGCACCUGGAGGGACAAUUCUCAGUGCAACAGCCAAGAGGACGCUCAGGAGAAGCAUAUGAUGACCUUUGCCUACUUCAGUGUCAUGUACACAGUGGGUUACUAUGUUAGUUUAGCCAGUCUGUCUCUGGCUCUGAUUGUCCUGCUGGUCUUCAGGAAGCUGCACUGCACCAGAAACCUCAUCCACAUCAACUUGUUUGUGUCGUUCAUUCUACGAGCUGUUUCCAUCUUGACCAAAGACGCUCUGCUGAGCAGUUACACUCCUGAGUUUAGACCCAUCGGGAGCGUCUCCGCAGUCCUCAGUGACCAGGCACUGUCUGGCUGCCGUGUGGCUCAGGUGCUGAUGCACUACUGUGUGGGCGCCAACUACUACUGGCUGCUGGUUGAAGGCCUGUAUCUACACAACCUGCUGGUGCUGAUGGCGUUUCCUGAAAACCACUUCUUCUACGGCUACCUGCUCAUAGGCUGGGGUACCCCGAUGUUAUUUGUGAUUCCUUGGAUUAUUGUGCGUUACCUGUUUGAAAACACAAAGUGUUGGGAGAAAAACGAGAACAUGGCACACUGGUGGAUAAUCCGCACCCCCAUCCUGCUCGCCAUCCUGGUGAACUUCCUCAUCUUUAUCCGCAUCAUCGCGAUCCUUGUGUCCAAACUCAAAGCCCGUCAGAUGAGAUGCACUGACUACAAAUUCAGACUGGCCAAAUCCACCCUGACCCUGAUCCCGCUGCUGGGGAUCCAUGAAGUGAUCUUUGCGGUGUUGAGGGACGAGCACACAGAGGGAACCUUUCGAAAUGUCACCCUGUUUUUCCAACUCUUUUUCAGCUCUUUUCACGGUUUACUUGUAGCCAUCCUUUACUGUUUUGUCAACAAGGAGGUACAGGCUGAGAUAAAGAAGAAAUGGCACAAGUGGAAGAUGGGGAUGUCUGACCUGAGUGACCUGGGAAACACUGGCAGCGACGUCCCACAGCUCCCACUUCCUCACCCCAACCAACAGGACCAGCUGGGAGCCACACAGCUGAACAGCGACUGCUGCAUCUCUGCUCAUGGACAGGAUGGAGGAAGAGGAGAAGACGAUGAAGAGAAGUCCUCUGAAAGCUACUUCUGA